GUGUCCCCGUGAAAGUCACCAAUAUGAAGGAUGGGGUUGUCUACCAUACGUCCCUGGAACUCUUCAUUUACCUGAAUGAAAUUGCUGGCAAGCAUGGUGUUGGGCGUAUCGACAUUGUGGAGAAUCGGUUUAUUGGGAUGAAAUCAAGAGGUAUCUAUGAGACUCCGGCGGGAACCAUCCUCUACCAUGCUCACUUAGACCUCGAGAACUUCACCACCGACCGGGAAGUGCGGAACGUCAAGCGAAUAUUGGCCACAAAGUUCGGCGAGCUGGUGUACAACG